GACAGUGCCCGCCUACAAACAAGGGUUUGGUUUCUUCUACCUCUGCUCUCCACAAAGCCACUUCAACAGAGCUGUUCCGCUACACUCUGCGUCCUAUCGCUCUGUCAGAGCUGUUCUGUUUCUCUCCGCUCUGUUCUGCGCAGCACUGCACGUCACCGCUCCGGAGCUCAGAGGCAGCACAGAGGGAAAGGCAGACGCACGGUGGUACAGGGACAACACACAGUGGAGUCAACUGUGACGGCAGCGCACGGUGGUAGAGGUGGCGGAGAAGAAUCGUGAACGAGUUCCAAACUAAUUGAAUAUGACUCGGGGCAUAAAACACCGGAAGAAAGCCAAGAACAAAAACAAGGGCUCUAAGAAAGAGGGUGGGUCUUCUUCAUCUUUGGCUCCACAAAUUCCAGCUAAGGUGUGGCAACCCGGGGUGGAUAAGUUAGAGGAAGGUGAAGAGCUUCAGUGUGACCCUUCUGCUUACAAUUCUCUUCAUGCUUUUCACAUUGGAUGGCCCUGUUUGAGCUUUGAUAUUCUACAUGACUCUCUGGGUUUGGUUCGAACAGAAUUUCCACAUACAGUAUAUUUCAUGGCAGGGACUCAGGCAGAGAAACCUUCUUGGAAUUCUAUUGGAAUUUUUAAAGUAUCAAAUAUUUCUGGAAAGAGACGGGAACCGGUACCAAAAGUUGAAACUGAUGACUCUGGAAUGGAUGGUGAGGAUAGUGAUAGUGAUGAUGAUAGUGAGGAUGAAGAUGAAGGUGUUGCUCAGGGUCCCAGUUUGCAGUUACGGAAGGUUGCACACCAAGGAUGUAUCAACCGUAUUCGCUCCAUGCCACAAAAUCCCCAUAUAUGUGCAGCUUGGGCUGAUACAGGUUAUGUACAGGUCUGGGACCUAAGCUCUCAUCUCAAUGCUCUGGCUGAGACCGAAACAGAAGGUGUCCAAGGAGUUGCAGCAGUUUUCACUCAGGACCCAUUGCAUAAAUUUAAACACAAAGACGAAGGUUAUGCUAUAGACUGGAGUCUUCUUGUUCCUGGAAGGCUUGUAUCUGGGGAUUGUGAUAAUAGCAUUUAUCUGUGGGAGCCUACAUCUGCUGGAACAUGGAAUGUUGAUAAUGCUCCAUUUACUGGACAUACUGGUAGUGUUGAAGAUCUGCAAUGGAGCCCUACAGAACCUCACGUUUUUGCUUCUUGUUCUGUGGAUGGAAAUAUUGCUAUAUGGGAUAUCCGUUUGGGGAAGUCACCGGCUGCAUCUUUUAAGGCACAUAAUGCUGACGUGAAUGUCAUAUCAUGGAACAGGUUGGCUAGUUGUAUGUUGGCCUCGGGAAGUGAUGAUGGGACUAUUUCUAUUCGUGAUCUCAGACUGCUCAAGGAAGGAGAUUCUUUGGUAGCACAUUUUGAAUACCACAAACAUCCAAUCACAUCCAUUGAGUGGAGUCCACAUGAAGCCUCUUCAUUGGCUGUUUCAUCUGCUGAUAAUCAGCUUACAAUAUGGGACCUUUCAUUAGAAAAGGAUGAAGAAGAGGAGGCUGAAUUUAAAGCUAAAACCAGAGAACAAGUUAAUGCUCCUGAAGAUCUGCCUCCCCAACUAUUGUUUAUUCACCAGGGACAGAAAGACCUGAAGGAAUUACAUUGGCACGCACAGAUUCCUGGAAUGAUUGUUUCUACAGCAGCAGAUGGAUUCAACAUACUUAUGCCUUCAAAUAUUCAGAGCACNUCAAGGAAUUACAUUGGCACGCACAGAUUCCUGGAAUGAUUGUUUCUACAGCAGCAGAUGGAUUCAACAUACUUAUGCCUUCAAAUAUUCAGAGCACACUGUCAUCAGAUGGUGUUUUUUAAGACACACUCUCUUCAUGUUUUCAAGCCAACCGGUUACAAGUUGGAUAAGCUGUUUGCAAUCACCGUGAAUCUACUUGAAUAUUGGAGAAAGUUUCUUUGUACUCUUUUUUUGCUUUUGGUUCUUAUUGUUUCUUCUUCGCCCAUGCUUAAAGUUUUGUGGAUUAUCUGCUUCAGCUUGGUAUGCUUCACUUAAUUUUGAUGCAAUUUUUGUGUAUGCUGUCUAAACUGAUGCUGAUAGUAAGGUUAGAAUGGAAACAAACAGGCUAAUUUAGCCGAAUAUUUGUUUAUAUACCCGUCUUAAUUUCAUCGUUAUAUUUGUAC